AUGGUAACCUGCUUGAAUAACUUCAAAUCACAGACGUUCCCUCAUUUCCGACACCAUGCUACUUUCAUCAUGGGCGAAUCUUAUGGCGGUGUAUACGUGCCGACAUUGACGGCAAGAAUACUUGAUGGCCAAAAGGAUUUUCCCAUCAAUCUCAAGGUAAGGCAAUGUGGCGCCAAUGCGCAAUGUGCAAGUGUUCGAAAGUGUCACACAACCCAGGGAAUUGUGCUCGGAAAUGCUUGGCUGGCUGCUAACUUGUUCAUCGACACCUCAGUUCGUUUUGCCUACGCUCAUGGAGUCAUCGAUGAAGGAGCAUGGAAUGCUCUCGAGAAAGAGUGCUGCGGAGGUUGCAUCGAUUCUUGCGAACUAAGUCAGCUUUCAAAUGACUGGGCUUUCAUUUGUAGCCAAGCUGUUUUCGUCACACUUUUGCUAACAAAGUUGUUCUUGAGUUUAUUGCACUUUUUGGCGAGCAUCUCUUUUCUUGCACAGGUCUCUCUGCUUCAUAUAAAAAGGUUUUAUAUAUUUACACUUCAGAAAAUUCUGGGUACCGGAAAAGUCUAA